UGGCUAAUGCUAUGUUUGCCCUUCUGUUUAUGAAGGUAAAAUUAGCAGACAUUGCAACAGAAGUUGUUCUAAUUAGGCUAAAAACAGAGUUGAGUUGUUGAUGGCCAUUAUAUUGCAGUGAGUCAAUGAACUGCAUUGUUGUUGCAAGAAAUUGCUCUGCUCUGUCAGAGUGCAACAAGUUAGGCCUAAUGCCAGUGACAGUGUAGGAUGGAAUUAUGGCAGAUAAAGCACACGAAUGUGAGACGAAAUCAGUUAUUCUUUUUUGUGCUUGUGAGUGGCAUGAAAGUGAGGGAUGGUAACAGACUGGACAGGCUCAUUAAGAACAUAUUGGAGGUCGUGGCAGAGAGAAGGAUGCUUCACAAGCCGAUGAGCAUUCUCCUGAAUAACACCGCUCAUCCCCUAAAUGAUAAGCUUGUUGAAUACCUCAAGAGUACCUUACCUUCAGUGGCAGGCGAAUCUUCCUCUUAAAGACAGCCAUCCCACCUUUGGAGUUCACAUACAAGAAUGACAGGAUUGCUUUGGCUUUCGUCGAAGCAUCUAUACAGAGUCCAAUGGCCAAUAAAGGAAGUAUCUGCAAAGACAUGCGAGUGUUCCCAGCAGAGUGCCGAGGCAGGCGCUGCACCUACCGGGCGAGGAUUGUGGCUGAUGUUAGCUGGUCGGUAAAUGGCAUCCCAAAAGGCAUCAUCAAGCAAGCUCUGGGCCUGGUACCCAUUAUGGUCAAGUCUAAACUGUGCAAUCUGCAUGGCCUUUCACCAGGAGAACUCAUUGAGCACCAUGAAGAGGGAGAGGAGAUGGGUGGAUAUUUCAUUGUGAAUGGCAUCGAGAAGGUAAUCCGAAUGCUUAUCAUGCCAAGGAGGAACUACCCAAUCGCUAUGUCACGCCCCAAAUGGAGGAGUCGAGGCCAGGGAUACAGCCAGUACGGUAUUUCAAUGCACUGUGUGAAAGAAGAGCAUACAGCCAUCAACAUGAACUUGCAUUAUCUGGACAAUGGCACUGUGAUGCUCAACUUCAUCUUUCAGAAGGAGCUCUUUUUCAUUCCCCUGGGAUUUGCACUGAAGGCACUGGUGGACUUCACAGACUUCCAGAUCUAUCAGGAGUUGAUCAAAGGGCUAGAGGACAACUCCUUCUACAAGAGCUGUGUCUCCCAGAUGCUGCGUGUGGUCAUGGAGCAAGGCUGCACCACCAAGGGGAAGGUGCUCCGCUACCUGGGCGAGCGCUUCCGGGUCAAGAUGAACCUGCCCGAGUGGUACAGCCAUGAGCAGUGUGCCCACUACUUACUAGAUGAGUGUCUGUGCAUCCACCUGAAGUCAGACGUGGAGAAAUUCUACCAGCUGUGCCUGAUGACCCGGAAGUUGUUUGUCUUUGCCAAGGAAGGCUGUAUGGAGGAGAACCCUGACAGUCUGAUGUGUCAGGAAGUCAUCACCCCGGGCCAGCUCUACCUCAUGUUCCUCAAGGAGAGGCUGGCUGCCUGGCUGGUCUCAGUGAAGUUAUCCAUGGACAAGAGAGCCCACAGGAUACCAGCUGACCUCACCUCCGAUAUCCUGAUGAAGGUGUUCAACAUGGGCACAGAUCUCACCAAGCCCUUUGAGUAUCUUCUGGCCACAGGCAACCUCCACUCAAAGACAGGUCUGGGGAUGCUCCAGAACACAGGCCUGUGUGUGGUGGCCGAUAAGCUCAACUUUGUGCGCUAUCUGUCGCACUUCCGCUGCGUGCACAGAGGUGCUGCCUUCGCCAAGAUGAGGACCACGUCAGUGCGUCGGCUGCUGCCCGAGUCGUGGGGCUUUGUGUGCCCCGUGCACACGCCUGACGGCGAGCCCUGCGGCUUGAUGAACCACAUGACUGCCCACUGCGAGAUCGUGGCCCCUGCCCUCUCUACCACCACGAUCCCUGCUCUGCUCUGCUCUCUGGGAGUGACCCCAGUAGACGACACCCCAAGUCAGCCGUAUUCGGACUGCUACCCUGUGCUACUGGACGGAGCUCUGGUGGGCUGGGUGGAGAAGGAGCUUGCUCCGGGCUUGGCAGAGUCCCUCCGCAGGUUCAAGGUGCUGAAGGAGAAGAGAGUUCCUCCCUGGACGGAGAUCGUCCUGAUUCCGCAGACGGGCAAGGCCAGCUUGUACCCUGGCCUGUUCCUCUUCACCACUCCCUGCCGCAUGGUGCGGCCUGUGCGCAACCUGUCCCUGGGCAAGCAGGAACUCAUUGGCACCUUCGAGCAGCUCUUCAUCAAUGUGGGCAUAUUUGGGGAUGAAAUUGAGGAAGGGGUCACCACACACCAAGAGCUGUUUCCACACAGUAUGCUGAGCGUGGUGGCCAACUUCAUCCCUUACUCAGAUCACAACCAGAGUCCUAGGAACAUGUACCAGUGUCAGAUGGGUAAACAGACCAUGGGUUUCCCCCUUCAUUCAUUUAAGGAACGUUCGGACAACAAACUCUACCGUCUGCAAACUCCCCAGAGUCCACUAGUGCGACCAGUCAUGUAUGAUCACUACAAUAUGGACAACUAUCCCAUCGGUACCAACGCAAUUGUGGCAGUGAUCUCCUACACAGGUUACGACAUGGAGGACGCUAUGAUUGUGAACAAGUCAUCAUGGGAGCGAGGCUUUGCCUAUGGCUGUGUGUACAAGACUGAGUUGGUGGACCUCACGGAGAAGGUGAAGGGCGAGGAUGGGGUGGUGUUUGGGGUGCAGCCGGGAGACCCCAGAGUCAUUGACCACCUGGACGCUGAUGGGCUACCAGCCAUCGGCACCACAUUGCACUAUGGAGACCCCUUCUACAGUUAUAUCAACCUCAACACUGGCAAGGGUGUUGUGAUCUACUACAAGAGUCAGGAAAGCUGUGUGGUGGACAACAUCAAAGUGUGCAGCAACGACCAGGGCACGGGCCGCUUCAAGCGCGUGUGCAUCACGGUGCGCGUGCCGCGCAACCCCACCAUCGGCGACAAGUUCGCCAGCCGCCACGGCCAGAAGGGCAUCCUGAGCCGCCUGUGGCCAGCCGAGGACAUGCCCUUCAGCGAGAGCGGCAUGACGCCCGACAUCCUGUUCAACCCGCACGGCUUCCCCUCCCGCAUGACCAUCGGCAUGCUCAUCGAGAGCAUGGCGGGCAAAUCGGCGGCGCUCCACGGCCUCUGCCACGACGCCACGCCCUUCAGCUUCUCCGAGAAGCACCAGGCACUGGGCUACUUCGGCGACUCCCUGCGCGCCGCCGGCUACAACCACUACGGCACAGAGCGCCUCUACAGUGGCAUCAGCGGUCUGGAGUUGGAGGCCGACAUCUUCGUGGGCGUUGUGUACUACCAGCGCCUGCGCCACAUGGUCUCGGACAAGUUCCAGGUGCGAACCACGGGCGCGCGUGACAAGGUCACCAACCAGCCGGUGGGCGGCAGGAACGUCCAGGGCGGCAUCCGCUUCGGGGAGAUGGAGCGCGACGCACUGCUGGCCCACGGCUCGUCCUUCCUGCUGCACGACCGCCUCUUCAACUGCUCGGACCGCUCGGUCACGCAGGUGUGCAUGGACUGCGGCAGCCUGCUGUCGCCGCUGCUGGAGAAGCCGCCGCCGUCUUGGUCAGCCACCAGACAGCGCAGGACUGUGUGCACGCUGUGCGGCAAAAGUGACGCCAUUGACACGGUGGCAGUGCCUUAUGUCUUCCGCUACUUUGUGGCAGAGUUGGCCGCCAUGAACAUCAAAAUCAAGCUUGAUGUGAAGUAAGGAUAGGAGGUAGUGUGUCCAUUUGUGUUCUUUUGUUUGUUGUAUUUGAACGUAAGGCAGAAUGAACGUAAGGCAGAAUGAAGUCAACUAAAUAUUGACGUAGUUGGCUAUACGAUUAUGUGAAAAGUGAAUGUCAGUUGCUACACGGUGAAAAAAACAUAACUUCCAAAUACCCCCUGGGUCCUAAAAUUGUAAAGGAUAUUGAAAUAUUUUUAAGAACAGUGUAAUAAGGUAAUCAAUUCUUUAUUAACUUAACCAUUUUAGUGGUACCUCACACCUUUACUCAUCACCAGGCAAGACCAUGACAUGCAAAAUAUUACAAAUAUAUUUCCAACUUGAUGUAUUAAAGCAUAAAAAACA